CCUUUUCAGACUCUUAACUUUAAGCCAACAAAAGCAUCACCUCUUUCUCUGGGCCACCAUCUUUAACAUUAUAAAUAAUGUGGACACUUAUUUUUUAAACUUACAGCGUAUGUUAUAUUGUUUUAGUUUAAUAUUAAUAGACAUUUAUCACAUGGAGAGACAAGUGGUUGGAAUUGUUGAUUAACACUAUAUCACAUUGGAAUUCAACUGUACAAACGUGAAUAAUAAGAUUUAGUAGUGUAAACAGUGGAACAAUGGCGGUUUUAGAUUUAAUACGACAAACAUUAUCAACUAAAAUAGCUAAAUUAGUAUUAUGUAUUCUUCUUGGUGUUUGUGUUUGUUUCCUGUUCUUAUCUUCUGAAAAUAAACAACUUGUGUCAAAACAUUCACCAAAUAUGUUAAACAAUUUGAUGUUUAAGAGUACAAAUAAUAAUUUACAGCAAUUGUUUCCAUCUGCUACAUGUCCUAUUGGUGUACAGUUGUUGAAACACGAUUAUCCAGCGAUUUCAGCAUGCACUGAAGGCUAUUCAGCUUUAGAGAGGUCGCAUAUAGAUUCAUCAAAGAUGGAGUCUCAGAGAGUGGUGAUUCACAAGCCUUAUUUAACUCGUAAUGACAGUUUAUUAAUUGAAGUCGGUGGAUAUACGGGAGCUGAUGCUGAAAGAUUUAUUGCCCAUGGAAUUCGACCACAUUACAUCAUGCUAGAGCCGGUACCCAUGUUCUUUAAUCAAUUGAUCGACAAGUUUAAAAACGACCCUCGAUUUAUCAUUUAUAAUUUUGGACUGGGGCGUGAAGACAAAGUGUUAACAAUACCUAUACAGACUGAUGCUACUUCACUCUUUCGACAAAAUAUACCCCGAGGAAAAGGAACAACUGAUAUCAAAAUACGGAAGUCAACUGUAUUUUUUGACGAAGUGGGUGUGGCGAAGAAAAACGUUGAUUUGUUACAUAUUAACUGUGAAGGGUGCGAGUUUGAAUUGCUGGAAGAACUGAUUGUAACUGGAUAUAUUCGAUAUUUUAAUCACAUACAAUUUCAAUUCCACAUGCACCUACCACAAAUAAAACAAGAAGCGUGUCGGUACUGUCAAAUCAUGCAAUUAUUAACCAGAACACAUACUCCAAUGUUUCAAUAUAGACAUACUUGGCAAGCGUGGAAAAAAAUUGAACUGUGAUCAGUGAUCAGCCCCCCUUUGAGUUAGUCUGCCCCCUAUUUGUACCCCCAAACCGGUAAACUGGCGCCGCUACUGAACCUUGUUGAUACUAGUUCCAAACAUACCGAAUCUUACGAGCCCCUGCUUGCCUUUAACUUUAAAAAAUAUCACCUUAAGGUAAAACUUUGAGCAAUUUUAUGCACGAUUGUUAUUUUCUGUAUAUUGAUGAAAUAAUUGACGAUUUCAUCUUGCACUUUUGUUGUAUGAUGAGUUUUAGUGUUAUUGACCAAAAUAUGUUGAAAUAUACAAUAUAAUAAAUGUACAUAC